AUUGCAGCGAUACACCAGUCUGCAUUCUGCCGCCUUUAAAUCUCUUGGCAGGGCCUUUUGCUGCACCUUUACCCUCCACAACUUUAAGCGUAGAGAGGCCAAUCAACUUUGGAUUUUUAACCAAUUGAAGUUAGAAGAAAAUUCAUUGGCUACACUCAAAAGCGGUGUUGAGCUCUCAAACCUCAAAUGCAGGGAUAAUUGCAGAGCAUCAAGUGUCUUCUUCCUAGAACACUCCCCCUUUAUGCACCUUUCCUCCGCUUCCGACGGGUUCUUACAGGGCUGAAUAGAAUUCCUUCUUUUUGUAAUCAAAAAUCUUCACCUCAACACCACUAACAUCCUAUCCAUUACAAUAUACCUACGCAUAUCCUGCUACAAUGACUACCCUCAACGUAAAAUGCGGGCCUAUGCUUCGCUAUGAUACAGUAGAAAAUGACAUCUACCACGCUUUCGCACUGAUUGUGACUGCUGACGAAAAUAGCGAUUAUAGCUCUCAACCUUCUUUGCAAUACAAAUGGUCACCUGCUCCUUCAAAGGCUGCAGACGCUGUAAACGCUACUCCUGCAGUCACUUCCGAUAGCUCACACAAAUCAAGUGGAUCGACAAAGAUUUACACCUACACCGGAAAGGAAGGAAGUUUCAGCUUCUGGCGUUUCAAACUGGAAAUUCCAAUGGCCGAUCACGAACAAAUUGUAGCCUACAGCAUUGAUGGUCAAGCCCAUCCUGAUAGCACAUCUAAUGCAGUAAAGGAUGCAACCGGAUUCCACUUCUUCGUUCCUGCCAAACAGCAAAACUUCCGUUGGAUCGGACAUAGCUGUAAUGGUUUCUCUGCCAGCUUGGAUCCAGCUGAAUGGAACGGACCUGAUCCAUUAUGGAACGAUUGCUUGAAAGAGCAUGAAAAGAAGCCAUUCCAUGCAGUCGUUGGAGGAGGAGAUCAAAUUUAUUGUGAUAAAUUGACUGGCGAACCAGAGAUGAAGCCUUGGGUAGAUUGCGAAGAUCCCAAGAAACGUAUGAAGAUGGAGUUGACUGAAGAUAUCAAGGUAUGCAUGGAAAGAUACUUCUUCCACCAUUACUGUGAAUGGUUUGGCGGAGGUAGUUUCUCACGUACAAUUGCACAAGUCCCUAUGGUGAACAUGCUGGAUGACCACGACUUGAUCGAUGGUUUCGGUACAUAUCCGGAUGACUUGAUGGAAGCUCCCGUGUUUAACAACGUCGGUCGCGUUGGAUUCAAGUUCUAUUACCUUUUCCAACAAUUUAUCAAUCCUGACGUCGAUGGCAUCUCUGACGAGCCUGGAAAACACCCCGUCAAGAGUAUCAUCAUUGGUAGACAAGCAGCUUACGUGCAAUAUCCUCAUAUGAGCUUCUUGACAUACUUCGGACCAAAGCAACAAUUAUUGUUGAUCGAUUGCCGUGCUGAACGUAAAGUGCAUCAAAUUUGUUCAAAAGAAAGCUACCAAAAGAUCUUUGACAGGGUUCGCAAGAUGCCACAAGGCGUUGAGCACUUGGUCAUUUUGUUGGGUGUUCCACUAGCAUACCCAAGAAUGGUGUUCUUGGAACGUACCUUGUCAUCCUCUUUCAACCCAAUUGUUUUGCUUGCUAAAGGUCUCUCACCUGGCUUCACAAACAAGUUCAACGGUCAAGUGGAACUCUUGGACGAUCUCAACGAUCAUUGGUGUGCCGUUCCACACAAACGAGAACGUAAUUGGUUGGUUGAAAGAAUUCAAGAAAUUUCAUUGGAGAAGCAUGUUAGAAGUAGUUUCAUCAGUGGAGAUGUUCAUGCAUGUGGUGUUGGUCUGUUCUUUGGAUAUCACCAACAUGAUCCUAGCUUGGAUCCCAAGUACAUGAUGGCCGUCAUUACAUCUGCAAUCGUCAACUCUCCACCACCUCCGGCUGUGAUUUCGAUGUUGAACAAAUUGGCCGCAAAGAAGCAUAGAAGUUUGUUCUACAUCGGAACAAAAGAAACGAUGGUUCCAUUAUUCGAUACGGAUUUACAGGGUAAACCUCAUAAAGAUAAAUACAUUAUGGGCGCACGUAAUUGGUGUGCGGUUGAUUAUCUGGAACAAUCGGGUGAAUUGGAGUUUGAUUUACGUAUCGAAACCGAAAAAGGUAACGGAAUCACAAAAUCAUUCCCUACCCGUGCACCUGCACCUAAAUGGCAAAUCGAAAAAGAACAUCAUAAACACUUGCACACGAAAGAAUGGGAAAAGAUUAUGCGUCUUUCUAGCAAGGUAACACAGAAAUGAACAGAUUUAGUGCUUGCUAAAAUUCUCGCUUGUUGGUUGUAUGUAUUCACCACUUUCCUUUAUGUUUCGAUACCCCCCUCUCUUUGAUAAAUAAACUGCAAUUGAUCUU